AAAAUCACUUGCCGCUCGUGCUAAAAGCCCUAGAGACACUAGGAAAUCAAUCCCAAAGCGGCGCAGAAGCAAGUAGUAACCUCGCCUUGUCAUUAGUCUCGAUUCCCGAAAACCAUGGCUACUCAGAUUAGCAAGAAGCGGAAGUUUGUUGCGGAUGGAGUGUUUUACGCAGAGCUGAAUGAGGUUUUGACAAGGGAGCUUGCUGAGGAUGGAUACUCUGGAGUUGAAGUUAGGGUUACUCCUAUGCGUACUGAGAUCAUCAUCCGAGCCACUCGUACUCAAAAUGUUCUUGGUGAAAAGGGUAGAAGGAUCAGAGAGCUGACUUCUGUUGUUCAGAAACGGUUCAAAUUUCCAGAGAACAGUGUAGAACUGUAUGCUGAGAAAGUUAACAACAGGGGUCUCUGCGCCAUUGCUCAGGCUGAGUCUCUGCGCUACAAACUCCUUGGAGGCCUUGCUGUUCGGAGGGCUUGCUAUGGUGUACUCAGAUUUAUCAUGGAGAGUGGGGCCAAGGGAUGUGAGGUAAUUGUAAGUGGAAAGCUCCGUGCUCAGCGUGCUAAGUCUAUGAAGUUCAAGGAUGGCUACAUGAUAUCCUCCGGUCAUCCUGUCAAUGAAUAUAUUGAUUCUGCUGUUAGACAUGUCCUUCUUAGGCAGGGUGUGCUGGGUAUCAAAGUUAAAAUCAUGCUUGAUUGGGAUCCCAAGGGCAAGCAGGGCCCUAUGACGCCAUUGCCUGAUCUUGUCACGAUCCACCCUCCCAAGGAUGAGGUAGAGCAUAAAGAGUAUGAAGCACCUCUUCCCCCGACCAAUAUUGAGGUUCCUGUGGUUUAGAGCCGCCCAUAUCGGGUUGCUCUAGACCUAGUCUAAUGCGUCAUUUCGCUUUAGUUUAUAACUCUUUAGAUGAGGACAAUUACGAGAUACAUGUAUGAAUUAAUGUUUUCUCGGAGUUGGCCUUUGUUCAGGUGAAUUUUGGGUGCGUUUUCUUAGUAUAUUUCAAUGGAUUAAUGAAUUUUUUUACAUCUGUAUGGAUUAAGAAUGAGCUCAUGCUUAAAUGUAUUGGAUAUCUUGUUUUCACAA